GUUGCGAAAUGGGAAAGAAGAUCGCCAUUGUUUACACCCUCCUCACCGUCUUUGGCCUCGUCCUUCAAGGCGUUUCCACAAAUGUCCGAUGGCACGCCGUGCGAUUCAUGCUGGGCCCGAAGACGCUCUUCCGUAUGCAAACAUCGCUCCUGUUCCUGAAGGUGGAGAAGGGCUCGAACAUUCUCUGCCAGAUUGCACCAGGCAGGCUCAAGCCUGGCAGCUGCGACCUUCUCUCAGAAGGGAUCGCCUUGCAAGAUGCGGCCGACGACUGGUGCGCCCCGCUGAUGAUGGAGAUUCUGCCCCAGCCUUGCAUAGGCUUCCGUAGCGCCUACUUCCUGGGCUUGGCGAACCUGUUCGCCAUCGGCCUGAACGCGCUGCUGAUGGUAGUGUGCGUGGCACUGAUCAUCCAGUACUUGGAAGGCACCUUCCACAAAGGGGUCUACCGCGUCUCUGCCGCGAUUGUCCACUGCAUUGCCACGGUGUUGGUGCUUGGCAGCUUCCUUGCCUACAUUUUGGAAGCUGUGAAGGCCCUGGAUGCGGUGGGCGGCACUGGAAUUCCAAUGUUGGCGCAAGCCAGCCGUGGAAGCGGCAUCAGCAUUGGCAUCUUCAUCAUGGGCGCAGGACUUCUGUUCCAGAUCAUGGCGGGUGUCCUCCUCGUGUUCCUAAAGCUUGGAGAUGAACAGACUGAAGAGGAGAAGGCUCUCCGCCAAUGGCAGAAGGAAGAUGCGAAAUACUGGGCUAUUGAGCAGAGCAUGAGCAUGGCCCAGGGCGCCUACGCCGAUGGACAAGGAGCCUACAGCUACGGCUAUGGCUACACUGGCUAUGAUGGCUACGGCUAUGGUCAGGCAGCCUAUGACCCCAACCAGGGCUACGGAGCCACGGACCAGACCUACGCGCAGCCUAUGCCGGGUCCGGCCGCAACGGGCGCAGAGAUGGUUGCCCCUUCUGGGCAAGAUCCUGCAGCACAGGCUCCUCCGUCGGGUCCAGCUCCCUCUCCAGCCACCGCCCCCUGA